CCAAUCACCUUGUUGGUCAAGACUUUCUCAGCUUGAGAUAUUUUACAUCGGAUGAUAUCAAGCAGUUUUUAUGGACAGCUAAAGACUUGAAGACAAGAAUAAAAGACAAUGGAGAAGUUUUCCAGCCACUUACAGGUAAAACAGCUGCAUUAAUCUUUCAGAAAAGGAGCACUCGUACCCGACUGUCAACAGAACUAGGAAUGGCAAAACUUGGAGGCCAUGCAUGUUUUCUUGGACCAGAUGAUAUUCAUUUGGGUGUAAAUGAAAGUGUCAAAGACUCUGCCAGAGUUUUGGCUGGUAUGGCUGAUAUAAUCCUGGCAAGAGUAUAUGGACAAGAUAUUUUGGAUGAACUUGCAAAAGAGUCACAGGUUCCAGUGGUCAGUGGACUGUCAGAUUUAUUACACCCACUACAGAUUCUUGCUGAUUUAUUAACAUUACAGGAGCACUUUGGAUAUCUUAAAGGACUAAAGAUUGCAUGGGUUGGAGAUGGCAAUAACAUUCUACAUUCUCUCAUGUAUGGCUGUGCCAAGCUUGGCAUCAAUUUAAAUGCUGCUACACCUAAAGAUUAUGAACCUGAUCAGAACAUAACAGCUGAAGCCCUCAAAACAGCACAGAAGACUGGAGCUUCGAUUGUUUUGGGUAACGAUCCUGUGAAAGCUGCUCAUCAAGCAAAUGUUGUCGUAACUGACACUUGGGUUAGUAUGGGACAAGAAGAAGAAAAGAAGAAAAGAUUGAAGGAUUUUGCAGGUUAUCAGGUCAAUGAGAAG